AGAGGGAGACAAGAAAGUUCGGUAUUUUGGCAGAAUAUGCAGAUUCCAGACACAAACAAAAAUCCCAUUUUUAGAGAAGGUUGUCAUUUAGCAGAGAAACAGAUUUGCAGCUGUUCAAGGAAGAGUUAAAAGAUUAAUUUCUUGUUUUUUGGACGCAUCACACAUGGGAGUCUGCAGGAACUCGAGUUUCCUACUCCUUUUUCUGAGCUUGCUGCAGUUUCUUCAUCAUUCAUCCUCACUUCCUUUAUGCAUAGAUUCAAGUGCGCCCCUUCCUCAGAAGGUUCCUCUGUCAUUCUGCUCUUACAAUGGAACAUCAUGCUGCAAUUCUACUGAUGAUUCGCAAAUAAAGAAUCAAUUCAAAGCAAUGAACAUUUCUGACUCUAGCUGUGCUUCCCUUCUGAAAUCCAUCCUUUGUGCGAGAUGUGAUCAAUUUUCAGCAGAGUUAUUUAGGAUCAACUCCAGGCCUCGACAAGUUCCUGUACUUUGCAACUCCACUGUCUUACCAAAUUUUACCCAAACAAGCCAAGCAGAAAAUAACUAUUGCUCUAAACUAUGGACUACAUGUCAGAAUGUGUCCAUGAUGAAUUCACCCUUUUCUGCUUCAAUACAAGGUCAAGCUGGAGGUGGAGUAAUAUCCAACUCUACAAAGUUGACUGAUAUUUGGAAGUCACAAUCAGACUUCUGCAAUGCUUUUGGUGGAGCUUCUGACGAUAAUUCAGUAUGCUUUGCUGGUGAACCUGUAAACCUUAAUAGUACUGGAACUUCAAUCCCUCCAAGUGGUUUGUGCCUCGAAAAAAUUGGAAAUGGUUCAUAUCUAAACAUGGUUGCUCAUCCAGACGGCUCCAACCGUGCUUUUUUCUCAAACCAACCAGGCAUGAUUUGGUUGGCCACCAUACCCAAACAGGGUUCAGGAGGUGUAAUGCAGCUUGAUGAGGCCAAUCCCUUUCUAGAUUUAACUGACGAAGUUACCUUUGAUACUGCAUUUGGGAUGAUGGGCAUUGCAGUUCAUCCAAACUUCUUAACAAAUGGACGAUUCUUUGCUUCGUUCAAUUGUGAUAAGACAAAGUGGCCUGCUUGUGGAGGAAGAUGUGCUUGUAACUCGGAUGUGAACUGUGAUGCUUCACAACUACCUCCUGAUAGUGGCUCCUUUCCAUGCCAAUAUCAAAGUGUAGUAGCAGAGUUUACAGUUAACAGUACCGCAUCCCAGCCCUCCUUGGCAAAAACUGCCCGACCAUCAGAAGUUAGAAGGAUAUUUACCAUGGGUCUUCCCUUUACGGCCCAUCAUGCAGGCCAGAUUCUUUUUGGACCAACAGAUGGAUAUUUGUACUUCAUGAUGGGGGAUGGUGGAAAUUCAGGCGAUCCAUACAAUUUUUCACAAAACAAGAAAUCCCUACUCGGGAAAAUCAUGCGGCUUGAUGUUGAUAACAUACCAAGUGCUGCAGAAAUCAGUCAGCUUUCUCUAUGGGGAAACUACUCAAUCCCCAAAGAUAAUCCUUACACUGAAGAUAAAGAAUUGCAACCAGAAAUUUGGGCCCUAGGCUUCAGAAAUCCUUGGCGUUGUAGUUUUGAUUCUGUGAGGCCUUCUUAUUUCAUGUGUGCUGAUGUAGGCCAGGAUACGUAUGAAGAAGUGGAUCUGGUCAUGAAGAACGGAAACUAUGGAUGGCAUGUGUAUGAGGGCCCUAAUCUUUUCAAUCCUCCAAAAUCACCCGGAGGAAAUACAUCAGCAAAAUCUAUAAACCCCAUUUUCCCCGUGAUGGGAUACAACCACUCAGCUGUGAACAAGAAUGAGGGCUCAGCAUCAAUCACAGGAGGAUAUUUCUACCGAGCAGAGACUGAUCCUUGCACAUACGGAAUGUAUCUGUAUGCAGAUCUUUAUGCAGGAGCUCUGUGGGCUGGCAUUGAAAGCCCUGAAAACAGUGGGAACUUUACCUCCAACCUGAUCCCCUUUACUUGUGCUCAUGAUUCACCUAUAAGUUGCACCUUUGUACCUGGAAGUACACUUCCGGCAUUGGGAUACAUCUAUUCCUUUGGUGAGGAUAACAGCAAGGAUGUUUAUAUCCUUGCAAGCAGUGGUGUCUACAGGGUUGUUCCUCCAAGUCGGUGUAAGUACACUUGUUCAAAAGAAAACACCACAGCUGAGGUGACUACUGGUCCUGCUCCAUCCCCUCCUUCGGGUGCAACCAAGUUAACCAAUCCAUAUGUGAAUUUGGUGUCCUUACUUGUAUCCCUUUGGUUGCUUUGCUUAUUAUAGCAUAUUUGCAGUCAUCUUUUGUGUUACGUGGAGAGAUGAGUUGGGCUGCUUUUUGGUUUGAGAGGACUUAUGAUUCUUCUUUGAUUAAUCUGUGUUCUUGCUUUUGGGAUGAUUCAUUUUUCUGAGUUUGAUUGGAAUUAAGUUAUUCUAUGAGGUUCAA